AUGGGAAAGCCGCGGAUGAUCAUCUUGAUUCGCCAUGCGCAAUCUGAAGGAAACAAGAACCGCGAAAUCCACCAGUCGGUACCAGACCACCGAGUCAAAUUGACACCUGAAGGCCAUAAGCAAGCGCUCGAGGCAGGACGUAGACUACGGGAAUUACUACGCCCGGAUGACACGCUACAUUUCUUCACAUCGCCGUACCGCAGAACGCGCGAGACAACAGAGGGGAUACUAGAGUCGCUGACAUCGGACGAUCCGUCUCCCUCGCCCUUCCCACGACAUACAAUCAAAGUGUAUGAGGAGCCACGUCUUCGCGAACAGGAUUUUGGGAACUUUCAGCCAUGCUCGGCCGAGAUGUCGCGCAUGUGGCAGGAAAGAGCAGACUAUGGGCAUUUCUUCUACCGAAUUCCCAACGGCGAAUCCGCAGCAGACGCCUACGAUCGAGUGAGCGGAUUCAACGAGUCUCUGUGGCGGCUUUUUGGCGAAGACUCUUUCGCCAGUGUAUGCGUUUUGGUGACUCACGGGCUCAUGACGCGGGUGUUCCUGAUGAAGUGGUAUCAUUUCAGCGUGGAGUACUUUGAGGAUCUACGAAACAUCAAUCAUUGCGAAUUCGUGAUCAUGGAAAAGAACCCAGAUAAUGGUAAAUUCAUCUUGCAGAACAAAUUGCGAACAUGGUCUGCUCUCCGGCAGGAGAAGGAAGAAGAGCGCAAACGUGAGGAAUCCGCUGUAUCGAAAGGUAGCCAGGUACAGUCACCGGAAGCCGAAGUACCCGUACGUCGUAAAUGGGGUGGGUGUCCUAAUGGUUGUACGCAUGGUGAGGCGGUAUCGUCAACUUGGCGCCCAACACGGCGCGAUGAGGUUGAUGUUUUUCGGGAUGACGAUGGAGGCGAGACGACAGACGCAAAUGGAAGAAAGCGCGGUCCUUCUACAGAUCGCAAGAAGACAUUCAAACGAAUGCCAUCUCUGAAAGAUAGGAAGACGCUGACUCACAUCGACAAGUCAAAAUUUCAUCUUACAAUCGAGCCUCAGAAUCCUGAUGAUAUCGUGUCUUCACCCAACCAGACUCCAUCAUACAUUGCUCUAGGCGGUGUCGUCAACCCUCGCGAACCUGGUGAACACGAAAUACUUAGAGUAAGGGACAACGUCGCCCCCAAAGACAUAUCAACACAAGGAGGACCAUCAGCUCAAACCCUCCCAAACAUCCAUCUUCUGCAACUCGCGGGCCGCGACGGAGGGGGCUCAACCAGCGGCGUGAACAGCGUCGAAAUAUCAGACUCUGAAUCAGACGGCCUGUUCCCCGAGAAAAGCGAAUCACUCGCUGCGCUCACCAGCAGCAACAGCACCACUAACCUCCAAUACUCUACAUCCUACCACUCUGUACAAGACGCCGAAGACGACGGCGACGACGAAGGGGCUGGCACGGCAUCACGAAGAUCCCGACGAUCUACAAAGGCCAUUUAUCAGAAUCAUACGAGUCAUCACAAUCAUCAGCAUCAGAAUAAACCGAGUACUACUGCUUAUCAACGCAAGGCGAAUGCAUUAGGUGACAUGGCCGAUGACGAUAACGAUGAUAAUGACGACAAUGAAAACGACGGCAACGGAAAUGCAGAUACUGUAGAAAGUAUACCAGACACUGAGAUUGAGCAGUUUAGAAGAGAAGAGGAGAGUGUUUCUGGGAGUGUAUACUGA